ACUACAAUGGAAGGAGAAGACGUUCAAGCUUUGGUUAUUGACAACGGUUCCGGAAUGUGCAAGGCCGGUUUCGCCGGAGAUGAUGCUCCACGUGCUGUGUUCCCAUCGAUCGUUGGUCGCCCAAGACACACCGGUGUCAUGGUCGGUAUGGGUCAGAAGGACUCCUACGUCGGAGAUGAGGCCCAGUCCAAGAGAGGUAUCCUGACCCUCAAGUACCCAAUUGAGCACGGUAUCGUCACCAACUGGGAUGAUAUGGAGAAGAUCUGGCAUCACACCUUCUACAACGAGCUCCGUGUCGCCCCAGAGGAGCACCCAGUCCUUUUGACUGAGGCCCCACUCAACCCAAAGGCCAACCGUGAGAAGAUGACCCAGAUCAUGUUCGAGACCUUCAACACCCCAGCCAUGUACGUUGCCAUCCAGGCCGUCCUUUCCCUGUACGCCUCUGGUCGUACCACCGGAAUCGUCAUGGACUCUGGUGAUGGAGUUUCCCACACCGUCCCAAUCUACGAGGGAUACGCCCUCCCACACGCUAUCCUCCGUCUGGAUCUCGCUGGUCGUGACCUCACUGACUACCUGAUGAAGAUCUUGACCGAGCGUGGAUACUCAUUCACCACCACCGCCGAGCGUGAGAUCGUUCGUGACAUCAAGGAGAAGCUCGCCUACGUCGCCCUAGAUCG